AUGGCUCCGAAAAUUGGUUUGAUUAUCUGCAGCCAGCGCAAUCCACGCGUCGGUCCUCAGGUCGCAGGUUUUGUGCGCCAGACGAUCGAACGGGCAUUUCCUCCCACGGCUCUUUCACUGAUUGAUCUUGCCGAGUGGAACCUCACCCUGUGCGACGAGCCAGGGAUUCCUUCGCAGAUUAAGCCACCCGAUGAAUAUACCCACGCGCAUGCCAGGGCCUGGUCGCAAGAAAUCGCGGCUCACGAUGCCUUCAUUUUCGUUACUCCCCAAUACAACUGGGGAUAUCCGGCCAGUAUCAAGAACGCGCUGGACUAUCUUUAUCAUGAAUGGAAGGGAAAGCCAGCUAUGAUUGUCAGCUAUGGUGGCCAUGGAGGAGGGAAGGCGGCAGAGCAGCUGCGUCAGGUUCUACAGGGCUUGCGUAUGACACCGGUCGAGAGAACUAUUCCCCUGACAUUUCCGGACAAGGAUGUCCUGCUUCGAGGGGCGUCGGGCGAGGAUCUGCGUUUGGCAGAUGAAAGCAGCUUUUGGUCUUCUCAGAAGGAAGAUAUUAUCGCAGUGUUUGCUAAUAAAUUUAAUACCGUGCUGCUGGUAUUGGCGACACUGGCAAAUGCAGCUAGGAUCUCCGAGCGAACCUUUCUUGCGGAAGACACCAUCACUCGCGAUGUCUGUAUCAUUGGAGGUGGCGCUACUGGCACCUACGCAGCCAUCCGACUGAAGGAUCAAGGUAGAUCAGUGAUUGUGGUGGAAAAUAGCGAGUAUCUCGGCGGCCACACGGAAACAUACGAUCUUGGAAAUGGUCAACACUUUGACUACGGCGUCGAGGGAGUAUUCAACGAUCCUUUGUCCCGGAAUUAUUUUAGGCGACUCGGAGUCGACUGGAGAACAUUGCUUCCUGACACGCUUCUCACUGAAAAUGUCAACUUUGAGACCGGAAUUCGAGUGCCCCCUCCAAACGGUACCCUGAGUAUUGUUGCAGGAGCCCUUCUCUAUCGCAGCGUCAUCGAGAAAUACGAAUCCCUCCGCGACGGCACUCUCAACCUCCCCGACCCGAUCCAUGAUGAUCUAUGGCGUCCAUUCGGCGAGUUUGUAACCAAGCACCAGCUCGAGGGGGCGUUGAGCUUAAUCUUCACCUUUAGCCAGGAAGUAGGCAAUCUGCUCGACGUGCCUACCUUAUAUGUGAUCCAGAGCUUCGGGCUUCCACAGAUCGACGCCCUUCUACGAGGAUUUAUGACACCGAGAAACGGGGGAAUGGACCUAUAUCGCAAGGCAGCUGCCGUGCUUGGCCAAGACGUUCUUUUCAGCAGCAGCGUUACUCAAACCGAGAGAUCACUCCAAUCGGUGCAAGCCAUUGUGCAAGGAGCCAACGGCACCACGAAAUUGAUCCGGGCUCAGAAGCUACUGAUCGCCAUGCCUCCAACACUCGACAACAUCAACACUUUUGAUCUAGACGACACGGAGCUCGAGAUAUUUCAAAAAUGGAAAUGGAACAACUACUACGUCGCCGUCCUCAAUCACACUGGCAUUCCCGACGCUCUCAGCGUCAUCAACACCCAGCCGGAGAACGGACCCGGAAGUCUCCCACGGACUCCAUUCGCCUGGCGUUUGCGCUAUCCUGGGGUCAGCGGCUACGUGACCAGCGAGAUAAUCGGCGACGAGGAUCUCACUCCGCGAGAUGCAACCGAGCUCAUCAUGUCCAGUCUCCGCCGGAUGAAAGAUGCCGGAACUUACAAUGUGACGUCGCCAGAGUUGCUUCUGUUAGCAAAUCACUCACCCGCCUCACCUAGAGUGUCGGCAGAGGACAUUCGGACAGGCUUUUAUCGCAAGCUGUAUGCGCUGCAAGGACGGCAAAGCACGUUCUAUACGGGACGGAGCUUUUGUGCUGAUCAUUCGUCAAUUUUGUGGGCAUAUACAGAUGCGGUGAUUGCGAAAAUGUUUCCUUAG